AAACGAAAACGGUUGCACCACACCUUCCGCUGUUGAGACGCAAUUUUUCAUCUCUAGAUGAUCUCAAUGGUUGUUGAGAUUUUGAAUUAAAGUGCUGAAGCUUAGGCUGAUUUUGGGAUUCUUUUGGACAAUAAUUGGAAAGUUAUAACACCAUGCCGACCAGUUGUAAGAUAUGGUUGCGAAACGAGAACAACAAGGUGUACUACUGUGGCGAGAAGUUGGAAGGCAAUGUCGAGCUGACGGUGACCGAGGCGAAGAGGAUGAAUGGUAUUAGAUUGAUAAUCGCCGGUGUGGCUACGGUGGAUUGGUUCCACUACCGUGGGCCAAAACGGGCAACACCAUUCAAGGGAAGCGAAGCUUGCUUCGAUUCGGAGAUCGAUUUGCUGGGAGCGAAUGGUGACGAGACGGACGUUCCAUCGGGGACAACCUCGUACAGUUUUGAUUGUUUCCUGCCGGACUCACUGCCUGCUACGUUCGAAGGCAAGCACGGUCGGAUUCAGUAUAUCAUAACGGUAAUUUUGCAACGAGCCGGCAAGGUCGAUAAAACAUUUACGAUCGAUUUCAUUGUGUUGAGAAAUUUGGAUCUGAACGCAGAACCUUCGGCCAUUCGACGUCCAGCGAGAACUGAAACCAGUCAAACGUUCCGCUGUUGGCCAUGUCGAUCCGGACCGCUAUUGGUUGAAAUGCAAACUCCGGCUACCGGGUAUGUUGCAGGUCAGAGGAUUCCAGUUGUAUUGGAGGUCAGCAAUCGAAGUGGCUGCAAGAUUCAUCUCAUCCAACUGAAAUUGGUGAUGGUCGUUUCGUACACCAGCGACACCCCGCGGGUUAAAGUUAAAACCGUCCGUGAAGAUAUAGCUGGAGCAGAGCUAGAUCAAGUUGAGGAUCCAGACGUGAUCAGAUACGAAGAGAGCCUACUGGUACCUCCAACGCCGGUGACCAGUGCCAGCGAUAGCUGUAAGAUAAUUCAAAUCGUGUACGAACUGGAAGCGGAGCUGGAAGUUGGAGCCUUGCAUCAGGUGAUGAAGCUGAACAUUCCCAUCGUUAUUGGAACGAUUGCGCUGGAUGCCGAUCGACGGGAGUCUACCAUAAUGGAACUGGAAUCGUAAGCACGACAACACCACCAACAAUUCAUGUUAACGUUAUACAUCCUCGAUCUAAAUUUAUCAAAGUAAUCUUAUAUUAAUGUUUUACAAUAUAUCGAUGCUCGCUAGUAUAAAUAUACUCCACACAAUAAUUUUCGCUCAAA